AUGGCGGCGGCGGGAACCGGCCCCGGCCCGGGAGCGGGUGCCGGACCUGGCCCGGGAGCGGCUGCAAAUGCAACAACGACAGAAGAGGGAGAGACGAAGCCGGUGGCAGUCGCCGCCGCCGUCGCUCCGGCUGGAGAGGGGCCAUCCGCUGCUCCUGCAGCUGAGCCCAGUUCUGGAGAGGCUGAGAGCGGGGAUGCAAACUUGGUUGAUGUAAGUGGUGGUCUGGAAACAGAAUCUUCUAAUGGAAAAGAUACUCUAGAAGGUGCUGGAGAUACUUCAGAGGCAAUGGAUACUCAGGCUGGCUCCGUGGAUGAAGAGAAUAGCCGGCAGUUGGGAGAGGUAGAAUUGCAAUGUGGAAUAUGUACAAAAUGGUUCACAGCUGACACCUUUGGCAUAGAUACCUCAUCCUGUCUACCUUUCAUGACCAACUACAGUUUCCAUUGCAAUGUAUGCCAUCAUAGUGGGAACACUUAUUUCCUCCGGAAGCAAGCAAACUUAAAGGAAAUGUGCCUUAGUGCUUUGGCCAACCUAACUUGGCAGUCCCGAACACAGGAUGAACAUCCGAAAACCAUGUUCUCUAAAGAUAAGGAUAUUAUACCAUUUAUUGAUAAAUAUUGGGAGUGCAUGACAACCAGACAGAGACCUGGGAAAAUGACAUGGCCAAAUAACAUUGUCAAAACAAUGAGUAAAGAGAGAGAUGUGUUCUUGGUAAAGGAACACCCUGAUCCAGGGAGUAAAGACCCAGAAGAAGAUUACCCCAAAUUUGGACUUUUGGAUCAGGAUCUCAGUAACAUUGGUCCUGCUUAUGAUAACCAAAAACAAAGCAGUGCAGUGUCUACCAGUGGGAAUCUAAAUGGGGGAAUCACAGCAGGAAGCAGUGGAAAAGGAAGAGGAGCUAAGCGCAAGCAGCAGGAUGGCGGGACCACAGGGACCACCAAGAAGGCCCGGAGUGAUCCUUUGUUUUCUGCUCAGCGUCUUCCCCCUCACGGCUACCCUUUGGAACACCCAUUCAACAAAGAUGGCUAUCGGUAUAUUCUAGCUGAGCCUGAUCCCCACGCCCCUGAUCCUGAGAAGCUUGAACUUGACUGCUGGGCAGGAAAACCUAUUCCUGGAGACCUUUACAGAGCCUGCUUGUAUGAACGAGUUUUGUUAGCUCUCCAUGAUCGAGCUCCCCAGUUGAAGAUCUCUGAUGACCGGCUGACCGUAGUUGGCGAGAAAGGCUACUCCAUGGUGCGGGCCUCCCACGGGGUGCGGAAAGGUGCCUGGUAUUUUGAAGUCACUGUUGAUGACAUGCCUCCAGACACUGCUGCCAGACUGGGUUGGUCGCAGCCCUUAGGUAACCUUCAAGCUCCUUUGGGUUAUGAUAAAUUUAGCUAUUCUUGGAGGAGCAAAAAAGGAACCAAGUUCCAUCAGUCUAUUGGCAAACACUACUCUUCUGGCUAUGGGCAAGGAGACGUCCUGGGAUUUUAUAUCAAUCUUCCUGAAGACACAGAGACGGCCAAGUCACUGCCUGAUACUUACAAAGAUAAGGCUUUGAUAAAGUUCAAGAGUUAUUUGUAUUUUGAGGAAAAAGACUUUGUGGAUAAAGCAGAGAAGACUAAGCAGACUCCCCACAGUGAGAUAAUAUUUUAUAAAAAUGGUGUCAAUCAAGGUGUGGCUUACAAAGAUAUUUUUGAGGGAGUUUACUUUCCGGCCAUCUCACUGUACAAGAGCUGCACGGUUUCCAUUAAUUUUGGACCAUGCUUCAAGUAUCCUCCGAAGGAUCUCAGUUACCACCCCAUGAGCGACAUGGGCUGGGGAGCUGUGGUAGAGCACACGCUGGCUGAUGUCUUGUAUCAUGUGGAGACAGAAGUGGAUGGGAGGCGCAGCCCUCCCUGGGAACCUUGACCAGUUUCUUUCUGUAUGGACUUUCUGGGGAGUGCCACUGGGCUUUUUUUGUUUGUUUUUUACUAUCAAAUGUUCUCCCAAAGAUUCUACAAAAACAGCCCACUUUCAGCAGGUUAAAAAAGGCUGGAUCGGACUGUGGGAAACCCUCUACCCUUCAGAAUUCCCUCCCCACUUCCAGUGACUGGUCUUACUUUGUGUGUCAUAGCCAACAGCUGCUGACCCCAGGAUCCCAUAAACUCCUUGUGAAACUGGUGCUGCACCACAUCCCUGCCAGGUGGAACUUGUUACCUUACUGUGUUUUCUAAGGUAAGGUAACAAGUGAAUAAUCUUGUCCAAGCACUAACUUAUUUAAAGACAUUUCUUUCCAUGGGCAUUGACUCUGUCCCACCUGAUUUCCAUGAAGAUGGUGGGCCUGUUUCUGAGAAGAACUGAAAUCAGUGGCUAUCCAUUCCAAACCAAUCUAAAAGCUCUUUCCUUUUGGUAUGGGGUUUGGGGAAUCUCUCAAACUACUUGGUCUCUAGAACUGUAAUUUUGAAAAGAACUUGCCUGUGGCUUUAGCAGAGUUAGAAUUCUUCUCCAGUAAAACUUGGUUUCAAGUUUGUGUGUCACUUGGCUUCCCUUCAGAUUGAGUUCUUCGUGAUGGAGUCAGAAGUGUGGGUAGCACAGGAAGGAAGAAACAGUUUUUGUCCUAACCCUCUCCUUUGCUCCCAAUCUCAUUGGCCUGUGAAAAUUGGAAACUCGAGUUGGUGAGAAGAGUUUAAAAGGGUGAAUAGUUCCCUUUAGCUCUUCUUCUUGAACAUGGUGUUGACAUCUUUUUUUUUUUGCUGGGU